AUGAAGUGGAUCAUGGUCUUAUUAGCCAGCUACUUGCCGAUUCAGAGGAGACACUUAGUUCGUGCACAGAGAAAAUGCAGGGUCCUGCUCAAUAUAGCUGGAGUGCUGACUGGAGCUUUUGGCUCUCAAGUUCCACUUACAAAUAUAGGAGCGAGGAAUUCAAGAGACAGUUUUCUCAUCUGCCAGACUCGGAGAGACUCAUAGUAGAUUACGCCUGUGCACUCCAGAAGGAUAUCCUGCUGCAAGGACGCUUGUAUCUCUCUGAAAACUGGCUCUGUUUCCACAGCAACAUUUUCCGAUGGGAGACCACAAUUUCUAUUGCCUUGAAGGAUAUCACUUUCAUGACAAAGGAGAAGACUGCUCGGCUCAUUCCAAAUGCCAUACAAAUAGCAACAAAAGGAGAGAAGUUUUUCUUCACGUCAUUCAGUGCAAGAGACAGAAGCUACCUCAGUAUCUUCCGCUUAUGGCAGAAUGUGUUGCUGGAUAAGAGGCUGACCAAGCAGGAAUUCUGGCAGCUGGUGCACCAGAGCUAUGGCUCUGAACUGGGCCUGAACAGUGAGGAAAUGGAGAGCUUCCACUCAUCGUCUGAGGACAACGGGCAGCCUCGGUCCAGCAUUUGUGAUGAUCCUGGAGAAAGGGAUGAAAAACUACCUAAAAUGAUUGGUUUAGUUCGGGAACCCACACUUCAAACAGAAGGGGAGUCACUCAAUAGCCACGUGUUGCCAGGAUUGGAAGAGUCCCCAAGUGAGAAGCAAAUAAAGAGCCCUCUUCUGUAUUCAGAAAGAAAACCUGUUAAGCUAGUCAGGCGCAGGUCUUUAGAAAAGUCCUUGGACCUGAAUGAGAAUGAAAAUCUUCCAGAGAGGAGCAGUGCCUCAGAUAGUGAAGAAGCAGUGAAGGAGAGUGUCUCUGAGAAUGAUCUCUAUGGGAGACUUUUUAUAAACAGAGUUUUCCACAUCACUGCAGACAAGAUGUUUGAAAUCCUUUUCACCAAUUCUCACUUCAUGCAGAGGUUUCUCAAUUCCAGGAGUAUAGUAGAUGCUGUAUCAACCCCUUGGAAUAGAGAUUCCAGUGGCAAUCAGUUGAGGACUUUGACAUACACUGUAACGAUUAACAAUCCACUUUGUGGGAAGUUCACAACUGCAACUGAAAAGCAGAUCCUGCAUAAGCAGAGCCAGAAAGGUCAGUCUUAUCAGGUGGAUGCUGAGGUUCUGACUCAUGAUGUCCCCUACCAUGAUUAUUUCUACACUGUGAACAGAUACUGCAUCAGCCGCGCAUCCAGUCACAAGUGUCGAUUACGGGUUUCUGCAGAAGUAAAGUAUAAAAAACAGCCCUGGGGCCUUGUCAAGUCUGUAAUUGAGAAGAAUACCUGGGGAGGAAUACAGGAAAACUUCAAACAACUUGAAUCAGAUCUCCUAAUGGAGGAAUAUGCAAUUAAUCAGUCCAUAGAAGACUCUGGAAAAUUAGUUGCCCUGAGACGAAGACGACGCACUUUACACCGGAGUCUGGCAGAAUCACUUUUUUUUUCUUCCCAACACUCCUCUGGUGACAUGGGAGUGGAGUCCCAGGGCAGCAUAAUAGGAAGGAAAAGAGAUGCUGUAAGUAGGACCACCACCAUCAUUGUAGUAAUGAGUGUCUUUUUGCUGCUCUUGGUCUUGCUGAAUAUAACACUGUUUCUCAAACUGUCAAAGAUAGAGCAUGCAGCUCAGUCCCUCUAUCAUGUCCAGCUUCAGGAAGAAAGCUCUUUGAACAUAUCCCCAGAAAUGGUAUCAAAAGAGGAGAUCCCUCAAUAUGAUAAGGAACAGGUUAAACAUGUGAAGGGAGUUUUAAGAGACUCGAUUGAAAUGCUUGAGCAGCUAAAAAGCUCCCUUUCCAUGCUCCAAAGAAGCUUUGACCACUUGAACAGGACACAGAGCGGCAAGACUGAGAGUUAAUACCCACAUCUUGAACGGAAGGCUGAUGUCGGAAGAAAAGAUGCGUGUGUGAGGACUUGUGGGUAGGGAUUGUAACUGUCACCUUCGGACUCUUUACUGUUUGGCUGAAAAGCUGCAGGGAAUAAAGGUUUCUGGAAGAAGU